AUGUUAUCAAACCCCCACACCCAACAUGCCAAAACCUGGCCUUGCGUCAACAUAUCGACAGCACCAACGACACCAACUUUCUCAGCACUGGACUGGGGAGUCGAACCACAAAAACAGCAGAAACACCAUAACCCCCGGGUAUACCCCACGAAAACUGCGAAAACGGUGAUAGAACCACUAGUACACGAAAACCAGAUAUCCAGCCAACAACAACACCACCAGUACCUUAACAAGCCCGUCGAAGUCACAGGAGAACCACCCCCAACCCAGCAAACCAAAACCCGCAAACGCUCCCUAGCCAUCUCCCUCCCCCUCCCCCUCCCCGCUUCCCUCGCCCAACCUCUCUUAUCACCCACAUCAUCCAGCUCCAGCCCCACAAGCCCUUACCACACGCAGGCCCUCAAGAUGCUCGCUCAUGUCCAGCAGCGCCAGCAGCGCAUCCACCAGGAUAUACGUAACCCACGGCCGGGGAAUUUACCUCAGUUGGGCAAGUAUGGGUGGAAGAAUUUGGAGAGGAUGGUUGUGGGGUUUCCGGGGGUUUGGGAGUGGUUGGGUGGUGUGGUUGAGUUUGGGGAAGGGGAGGGGGAAGGGGAGGAAGGAGAUGGUGAAGAUGAAGAGGGCGGAGAGUCCGAUAAGGGGGGUAAACGCGAGGCAGAAGAUGCGGAGGAAGAAGAAGAAGAGGGAGAGGGAGAUGGUGAGGGGGAAGAGGCGGAGAAGGGGAAUACAUGGGAUUUCGAAUAA